UUAACGACGUCAGCUGUUCCAAACUCAACAAAAAUUGAAAAUUUAUCAACCACAACGCCAAUUCCUUCAACUUCAACGACUCAAACUACUCCGACAUCGACAAUUUCCAUCGAAACAACGACAGAAAAGCCCCAAAUUUGGAAGCCUUUCUCCGGAUUCAUCAAUCGCCGCGCUGAAAAUAAAAUUUCCGAUUAUUUUUGCAACUGCGACACCCAAAUAAACGUUUGUGAGGUGAAUUGUUGCUGCGAUCUCGACUGUUCAAAGGGAGCUAUUCAACUUUUUGACUGUUCCAAGGAGCGAUUUGACGUUCAAGAGUACGAUUAUUACGGAAAACUCGAAGAUUGCAGCAUUUCCGGCGGAUUAUUGUGCGUUGCGGGCUCAAAUUUGAAAAAAAUUGACUUUUCCUUCUACGAUGUCGGGCGAAAAAAUGAAAUUUCAUCGAAAAAAUGGCCUGAAAUAUUUGGAAAUAUUGAAAAUUCUCCGAAAAACGAGAAAAUUGAGCGAUAUGACAUGAACGACGUUGUCUUGGUCUUCAACGAAACCACGGAAAUGAUCCAAAAAAUGAUAAUUUCGCAAAAUUUGGGCGUCACGAGCAACAAAUGCUUCGUCCAAGAGCCUAUUUUGUGGUUGCGCGAUGCAAAAUCGGAAUGUCCUUACACAAAAAUUCAUGAAAACUGGUUGGAUUCGUGGAAAAACAUGAAAUUCUUACGAUAUCCGGUUGUUUCUUCCAUGGAAUAUCAUUGCACGAACGAGUCUUGUUCGAAUGUCACCAUUUCUCGGGCUUUUCGAAACCAUUCAGUAGCUGGAAUUGAUCGAAUUUCCGUCGAAUUCAUCAUUUGGCACAAUUUUACGAACAUUUUGGGCGAAGUUCAGCUCAACGUGACCCAUGAUGACUAUGAAAAUGCUGAAAAUGAGGAGAAAUUCAUCGAAUUUCGCGUGAUUUUUAAGAGUUUUGAAGAAAAGUACCUCGAAAAGUUCCCUCCGAUGAGCGGAAUGCCCGGAUAUGCCAAAGAAAUGCCGCUUUUGACAUCGAAAAAGGUCACUUUUAGCAAUUACACGCAAGAAAACAAGGAAUUUGUAUUGGAUUUCUUCGUUUUUAACAAUCGCUCAGCGCCUUAUCAUGCCAACCGAACGUUAAAAUUGCCCCAAACUCGUCGCGGAAGGUGUUUACUUGACUCCGCGCAUCAGGAUUUCAUCAAUUUCGGCGAAAAUCGUUUCAUAAAAUGCAAUUUUCCGUUAAAAUUGGAUCCGAAAAGCAUCAACUCUGAGGCGAAUUUUACGGAAAUUUGUCAAAAUUACCAAUUUCAAAUUUUUUCGAUGCUUUUGAACUCGCACGACUUCGAAAAAGAUAAUUUUACUUCGAAUAUUUUCGUUUCGCAGCUUGGGCAUCCGAAAAAUUCCACAGACGAUUGGAUUUUGUUGAAGUUUUUAAAUGCUCCGAAUGGCGAACAAGAAAGUGUUACGGGAAAUUGGCGCCAAGACACGAAAAAUUCUUUUACUUGCACGAAUAUGGUCAUUAACGUAAAAUAUGAAUUUUUUUAUGCGCAACUGAGGAUUGCGGGAGUCGAUUUUCAGAAUGUUGUCAAAGAAGCAACACUUAAUUUUGGUCCGAGGCUCGAUUUGCAUUUUAGAGUGAAUGAUGUGAGUGUUCCGGUUUUUGUGCAAACGCAAUUUUAUGACUUGACGAGGAUGAGUAAUUCAGGCGGAAGGAGUUUUAUUGAGGUUUUGGUGAUUUUUAGUUGUUUGAGUGUUAGUUUGAGCUGGAAAUAA